AGUCACCGUUCAGACAACAUACCGGCGACAUUUGUGUUGCGUGCGGCUUUAUUUUCCCGCGUUCGAUUUAAAAAUUCACGUGUUCUAAAUUCAAUAGUCGCGGUAAUUUCCAAUAUUUAUCCGUGGUCAGCAAACGAUAUGCCUAAGAAAAAAUAGUUUUUAUUACACAUAAUAUUUGUUGUUGUUCGGUUUAUAAACUUAUUGGAAAUGUGCUAAAUUGUGAAAACGCGGUGCAUGCUAACAACGCGUGUAAAAUUCUGUGAUAAAAAAUUGCUGUGAAACUUUUUUUUUUUAAAUUACGUGUGUCUUUUGACAUUUUAAUUUUUAGACUCGGUUUCGUGAAAUCGUAUUUCGCGAAACUUUUAAUACGUAUUCUUUAUGAUAGGUCCAUAUAUGAAGUGUCAACAUUUCUACCCCAAACAUUAUGAUUUACAAAUGGAUAUUAUGAUAAGAGUGAAGUGUUGUCAAGAAACUAAGAAUCCUAAGUGACGAAGUGCCCUGUAGGUGUCUGUUGUGCUACGUUCCAUUGAUUUGUCUUUGCCUAUUGUGAUAUCCAAGAUGUCUGACAAGACUUCAUCGUCGGUCGGUCCUAGAAGUUUCGAGACGAUUUCUGAGGAAGACCUUGCGUCGCCUUGGGAUGAACUGUUGGUGAAGGAGAAAUCUAUUCCUACUAUAAUAAAGACAGAUGCAUCGUGUUCAACUAUAUGUAGAAGCGGUGAGGAGGUGUCGUCACACCCGAGGGUUGAUUUGGAGGCAGCGAAUAAGUUGACGCGGUCUAAGAGUUUGAACCAGCGCAGGAAUAGCAGCGGCCUCCUUAGCUCCAUCCCGAGACAAUUGAGGCUAUCUCUUCGUGGCGUUCGCAGUGAACCUUCCAGCGUUAAAGACAUACCUACUACUAGAAAUGAUAGUUCCUUCAAUCUUCUUCUUAGAUAUCGUUCACCAAGAUACGCAGCUAGACGCAUUAGAAAGCGAGUCAUCUUCAAGCACGGAGACUGCAACGUUGUCCAAUGGAACGUGGCGAAGCGCAGGCGCCGAUACCUGCAGGAUAUCUUCACGACCCUCGUGGACGCGCAGUGGCGCUGGACGCUUCUCGUGUUCGCACUCUCCUUCAUCCUAUCCUGGCUCUUAUUUGCCCUCAUCUGGUGGCUCAUCAUCUUCACCCAUGGCGACCUAAGCCCCCCUGAUAACCAAAACAUCACCUUCGUCCCGUGUCUCAACAACGUUAACACUUUCACCGGUUGCUUCCUCUUCUCCGUCGAAACACAACAUACCAUCGGCUACGGCUCUAGAACCACCAACGAGGAAUGCCCUGAAGCCAUUUUCGUUAUGUGCAUACAGAGUAUUGUGGGUGUCUUCAUUCAAGCUUUCAUGGUGGGUCUUAUAUUCGCGAAGCUGGCUCGGGCCAAAAAGCGCAACACCACGCUCUUAUUCUCAAGGAACGCGGUGAUUUGUUUGAGGGACGGGGAAUAUUGCCUUCUCUUUCGUGUUGGAGACAUUCGCAAAUCGCAUAUUCUUGAAGCCCAUGUCCGUGCCCAACUUAUUCGAAAAAAGAUCACACGUGAGGGUGAAAUACUACCCUUCUACCAACAAGAGCUGAAAGUGGGCGCCGACGGUGAGGAAGACCGGCUCAUGUUCAUCUGGCCUAUGACUAUCGUGCACAAGAUCAACGAGAAAUCACCCCUAUAUAACCUCUCCGCUUCUGAUAUGCUCCGUGAGCGAUUCGAGAUCGUCGUCAUGUUAGAGGGCGUUAUUGAGUCUACCGGUAUGACUACACAGGCUCGCAGCAGCUUUCUACCAUCAGAGAUCCUUUGGGGUCACAGGUUCGAGACCAUGGUCACAUUCAGAAAAGACACCGGGGAAUACGAGGUUGACUACACAAGAUUCAACAACACAUAUGAAGUGGACACACCAUUGUGUUCUGCUAAACAACUGGACGAACUUCGAGCUUCAGUUUCAACAUCCCAAAAAUUAGAUAAAAUCUUAGGCACAAUACCAAAGACGUUCUCCAACGAGACUUUAGAUCUCAGCUCUGUAGACUCAAUGUCUCUUGAUGAACACAUCGAAAUCAAAAUCCCAGAAGCUAGAGCUAGAGAGAACCGCUUGAUGGCGCAGACCAACUUCGUCCAACACGUCAACGAGAGACCCAGAAAUAUGAGUCAAAAUCAUUUAGCUGUAGAAAAUGGUCUCGACAUACCAAGGAACCAUUUGCCUUUAGAUACUAAGAAUCCAGAAGUUAAACAUGAAACUAAAGAGCCACAUAUGCAUAGAAGCGCUAGCCAUGCUAGUAUGAAGAGGGUCCAUGGUCUCACGCCGAAUGGAAUUGGCCACGCUGCUCACGGCCAAGACCACAAAACAGAUGAUAAAAGUAAAAUAAACAAGUCCCCAAGCACGAAUCAUAUAGCAGAGAAGCAAGUUAUACCCAUUUUGGUGACAUCAGCUGAUUCAGAGCCCGCUUGACGAAUACUAUAUGACCCCACAACUGACAAGCGAGAAAGAGAUGGUAUACGAACUGUUAUGAAAGAAGAGAGAAACAAUAAUAACAAUUUGCACGUCAGAUUUUAUAUCAGCAAUAGUAGCGAAAAUUUUCACGAGUUCCUGCGAGUUGGCGAUAGACUAUAGUACAAUUUAUAAGACACAAGUCAAAGUACUUGUGUUUAAUUUAUUUGUUGAAAUUAUGAUCAGUAACUUAUUUUAGGUACAAAAUAUUUUCAUAUUUUUUAACUAUCCGAGAUUCAGGAUUUUUAUUUUAAUUGUUAUACUUAUUUCAAUUGUGAAGAGUUAUGAUAAUUGAUUGGUCGUAAUAUUCUUAAUAUUGUACUUAUUUAUAAAAGUCUCUGUGGAUCAAAACUACCUAUAUAGACUGUUCCAGUAACUUUAAAAUAAAUUAUAGUUAAGUGCUUCGAAAUGCUGUCACUUAUACCAAAUUGUUAAUUAGGAUGAAUAAUUUAUUAAUAAGUCUUGAAAAGACUCAAAAUUGGUUAUGAUUCUGGUUACGAAUGACGAUAAUAUUGUCUUGCCAUUAAGUAUCUUUUUUUCUAUGAAACUAGUCUUUGAUAUCAUAUAUUGUAUUUGCUGAAAUGAUGCUACAUUCAUACAAGAGCAACCGACUAACUUUCACGCUAUAAACUCUAGGUAUAGCUAUAAAAAACAUUUUAUUGAUUGUGAAACGUAACAUAAUUUAAAAACAACAAUAAUCAAGACUAUUGAUAAAAUAUGUAAAUAAGAACAUAAAAAAGAAUAUAACCACAUUCAUCGAUAAAAACGUUUUUUAUAGCAAGAGCUAGAGUAAGGCUGUAGCAAUAAUUAGAAAAUUCGUAUUGGUUUAUCAACUUACCGAUAGAUGGCAGUAACCAUCUUUAUCAAUAUAUAAAUGUAUUAGCAACUCGUCGAUAGAUGUCAUUUACUUCCAAAAAUGCUUCAUAUAGCUAUGUACCAGAUAGGACUGUAUUUAGUUGAAAUAUUUAUUUAGUCGAAUUAUGUUUAAAUAUUGUAAUCAAUUUAGACAAAAUGUGUUAUCAAACAAAUGGAUUCUUGAAAUAUUCGGUCCUUAUUGAAUUCGCAUAGUUUUCUUUUAAAUUAGAAUUGAUAGGAUCGAAUGAAAACUUCUUUAUACAAUCUAAACUUGUUUCAGCGAAAUAGAUUAUAAUAACAAGAUCCAUUUCUGUACUUU